GAGAGCUCCUCAAUUGAUCACGAUGCUGUGUUUACGGGGAAGAUCCUCGCGAUGAGAUUCUUCCUCUGGCCAUGGACUGACUGAUUUGAAACAUCUUGGAAUCUAAAGUCCUUAUCUACUCUCUCUCCCUCUCUAUAUAUAUAUCAACCAUGGAUAUUCAAAAUCUCUUCGAUGUCAAGGACAAAAUUGUCCUGGUAACAGGCGGAGCUAAGGGAAUCGGUCGAAUGAUUUCGGAAGGAUACGUGACGAACGGUGCAACAGUCUACAUUUCCUCGCGCGACGCCAAGGCAUGCGAAAAUGCAGUCAGUGAGCUCAAUGCUCUGGGAAAGGGUAAAGCCCAUGCUAUCCCUGCCGAUUUCUACAAGGAAGAAGAUAUCAAGAAGUUAGUAGAAGAAUUCGGGAAGCGAGAGAAUAAGCUUAAUGUCCUGGUCAAUAAUUCGGGGUCCACGUGGGGAGCCCCUUACGAUGAAUACCCUUCAGCAGCCUGGACGCGCGUAUUGACGCUCAAUCUACACCGAGUCUUUGACCUGACCAAACUCCUAACGCCCUUCCUCGAAAAGGGCGCCAGCGAAGGUGAUCCGGCGCGGAUCAUAAACAUUGGAUCUGUAGAUGGACUCCGUGUUCCACCAAUGGAGACAUUUGCAUAUUCUGCUUCGAAAGCGGGCUUGCACCAUUUGAGUCGUACGCUGGCCAGCCAUUUGGGAAAGAGGAACAUCACCUCGAAUACAUUGGCAUGCGGCCCCUUCCGUAGCAAAAUGAUGGCCGCUACUCUGCGCGAGAUGGAGGAUGCUCUCGUCGAAGGCAUCCCAUUGAGUCGCAUCGGCAAACCGGAAGAUGUAGCAGGCGCAUGUAUUUUUCUGAGCAGCCAGGCCGGAUCAUAUGUGAACGGUGCUACGAUUGCGGUGGACGGUGGCAUGGUAGUCAAUCCGAGAUUGUGAAACGCCUUUUGUAGUAUAUAGUACUACGGCUGACUGGCUAGAUUCGGUCAAGUGCCGGAGUGCAUGUCCAGGCAUGUAAAUAAAAGAAAAGAGCCAUUCUGUACACUGCUGC